GUAAGUGCAAUGAUAUUCAUAAGGUCAUAUAUUAAUCUUUAGGUCUAGUCUUGUUCAUAUUAUUAAUAGUUUUUAAUGAGAGUACGUAAAAAGCCUUGCGAUGAAACAAUUAAUGAUUCACACACCCCUCCAGCAAACAUGUGGAACAUUCCAACAAGGAACCAGCGGUUUCUUUUUUUUCAGUGUUGUGGGAUUUGCCGUGACGCGAGCUUGUGGUUACCUGAUGUUAGGUCGACUACUCCGGUGAACCAGAACCGAGGUUACCAUAGAAGCUACACAUUGGGAAGUCUUUUUUUUUUUAAAGAAUACGUUGUGACUGGAAGCGCCAUGGAUGAAGAGGAGCAGUUUGUGAACAUUGAUCUGACUGACGACAAUAUCUGCAGUGUCUGCAAGCUGGAGACCGAUACAGGAACCUUAUCUUUCUGCCACGUCUGCUUUGAACUCAGCAUUGAAGGUGUUUCCGCGACUACCCUGUUGCAUUCAAAGUCUCUACGCGGCCACCGAGACUGCUUUGAGAAGUGCCACCUCAUCGCCAACCAGAAGUUGUCGCAGUCCAAGGCCUCCCGCAGCGCCUACGAGGGCAUGAAGCUGGCCCUCAGCCAGAAACUCCACCGCAUCAUCCAGUACGCCCAGAACAAAGACAACGUCCCCUCAAACGGCAUCGGCAGACGCGGGACCAGGCUCCUUUGUUACGGUCCGCAAAGCGACCGCAGGUUGUUGCCCCAGUCGGAAGCCCAGGUGCCCCGCUACGCGCCCACGCGCCUACCCGGUUACGCCAUCGGGAUGUUUGAGUGCCAUACGGGCCAGGAGCUCAGGCUUCUACAGGACUCCCCGAGGGAUGUUUGGUCCGGCGGCGGAAGGAAAACGCUACAGAUACGCAACCAACCGACAGCGGGAGGGCAGACCAAGUGCAGACGUCAGGGACACGGCAGAGACGAACUGACCAAAAUGUCUGCGGAUGAGCUCCGUCAGCUAAACGGCCAGCUUCUCAAGCAGAUUCAAAAGGUCUUCGAGGAGUUGACGGCGGCCGUGCAGGAGAAAGACUCACUAGCGUCUGAGCUGCACGUGCGUCACGUCGCAAUUGAGCAGCUUUUCAAAAACUGCUCCAAGCUGCCGUGGCUGCACAUCAGCAGGGCGGGGGUCAAGACCAACAGUGGAGGCGGCGGGGGCGGCCCUGUGGAGUGACGCUGUAUGUCUUCGGGACCCUUUUAUAUAAACAUUUGCUGCAAUAAGUCGACAUUAUAACGCUGAUUGAGGUAAGAAUACAACAGUUGAUGUGGGGUUCGAACAUCUGCUUGCUUCUAACGCAGGCAUUUUUUAUAAAUGGUUUCUAAUCAUCAUACUGUUGCUUGAAUGCGUGUUGUACUGAGCUUUUUUUUGUGGCGAUCGAACCGCUGUCGCCACUCUCCGUUAUUUACCCAUAACAAAUACAUAUUACAGCACAACACACCCAAGAGGACAGGAAGUGAACGAGUUUGGACAUGUGUGGACUCACAAUAACCAACAAGCACAAGUGGCGGGGCUGCACGCCGUUCCAAGAAAUAGAAACCAUAACUAUAACGUGUUAAGUAUGGAGAUGGAUUCCCUGAACAAGAAGCUGCCUGCAAUACUCAACUUUGUUUGUUUUUUAGCUUAUUUGUUUUGUACGGCUACGUGAGUGAAUUUGCAAUAGAAGCCGUUUUUUUUUAAACAAGAACUAUGCAAGCAAAGGCCGUCGUUGACGCCUUCGCAAAAUCAAAUGUUUCUCAGAGGAGGCCCUAUCGGCUGCAGAAAUACUAGCUUUUAUGGGGGCGGGGUUAAGACAUUUCAAAUUUGUUAGCGUUUAUUCUCUUUGUAAGAGAUUGGAUUCAUUUGACCUUUUUUGGGGGUUCGGCUCUAUUUUAAUGUGGAUUUUGUGCGUUCACGUGAGAUGACUGUUUUUCAUGCUGAUAUUUCCGAUGCUUUAAAUAUGGAUGAUGUGUAUUUUCUGUAUAUUGUAGAAAAAGAACCGGCUGUGAACAUCAACAGUAUAUGCCUUUUGUUCAGAUGCACCUGUUACAUUUUUUUUAUUAUUAUUAUACUUGACUUUCCUUCUUUCUUGAUUUGUGUUGUGUGAUCUUGUUGUUCCUGACAAGCUGGUGUGACUUGUGCUUUUUAUUUUUAGGAUGAUAUUUCAAUAAAAUAAAACUUUUUUUUUUUUUACAGCAAAACUGGUGCCUCGAUCUUUUAUGCUUUGGAUUUCACCGUUUUGCUCACAGUUUUUUAAAAUAU